AUGUAUCUAUGUGCAAAAUCAUUCCAGAGGAUAUUUGUUCAAGGUUUUUCAAGGCGAGGUUUUGCCAAAGAAGCUGUCUUUGAAAUAGAGCCUUAUCAAUUACAUAGAUUAGACACUGGUCCUUCAACUAGAUUUACCCUCACGAGGAAGGAUGCCCUCGGUUAUUUCAAGAUGAUGACAGGAAUGAGAGAGACGGGAGAUGCAGCACAGAAAUUGUUUGAUCAAAACUAUAUUCGGGGACUUCUUCAUCUGUGUUCAGGAAUGGAAGCUGUGCGAGCUGGAGUAGAAGCAGCCAUAACAUCAGAGGACAUAUUAGUUGGCACAUACCGUAUUCAUGGCUGGGCCUAUGCUAGAGGGAUACCAGUCGAGGAAAUUCUGGCAGAAUUUUUAGGGAAAUCAACUGGGCGCUGUAAGGGUAAAGGUGGCGCCAUGCACCUUUACUCGAGGAACAUGCUUGGUGGCAACGGAAUAAUAGGAGCCACGGUACCUCUUGGAACCGGUGUAGGCUUUGCAAUGAAAUAUAAAAAGAAGCCCAAUGUGUCUAUAUCUGUCUAUGGAGAAGGUGCAGCCAAUCAAGGCCAGAUAUUUGAAGCCUUUAACAUGGCAAAACUUUGGAACCUUCCUUGCAUCUACCUUUGUGACAAUAAUGUAUACAGUAUUUCAACAAUAGCAGAGAGGGUGUCAGCCAUCACUGAAUUUUAUACCAGAGGAGACUACAUCCCCGGACUGAGGGUUGAUGGGAUGGACAUUCUAGCUGUCCGAGAAGCCUUUGUUUUUGCCAAAAGAUACGCUUUAGAAAAUGGCCCAAUUCUAGUGGAGACAAUGUCGUAUAGAUACAAUGGACAUAGUGCAAAAGAUGAAGGGCUUGAUUACAGGAAAAAAGACGAAAUAGAACACAUGAAACAAACACAGGACCCUAUAGAGAAUUUUAAGGAGAGGAUUUUAAAGGAAAACUUGACAGACGAAACGGAAUUAAAGCAUUUAGUUGAAGAAGUCACAGAAGAAAUUCAGAUUGCGGCAGAAAAGGUCAAAGAAGAUAAGGAACCUCAUCGUUGCUCUCUUUACGAAGAUGUCUACCAGACCGAAGACUACCAUACGUAA